AUGUCCCUCUGGGAGAGGACGCCGCAGGGCAAGAGCUCCAGCGGCAUCUUCUUCCACGUGGUGACCCCCGAGCGCAUCCCGCAGUUCACCAUCCCCUCCCUGGCCGCCCACGGGAGGCACAGGGGCUCGGGGAAGGGGAUGGGGCGGCUGGAGGGGACGGCGUGGAGGAGCAGCUCGGAGCCGGCGGGGCGGGAUGAGCUGCCCGGCUUUAACUCCUCCUGCCCGAACCCCCCUGCCCGGCCGAGCCCAGACCCCACUGCGUGGGCAGCUCUGGCCCUGCCCCACCUCCCCAAGGUCACCACCCCCUACGGCUUUGUCACGCUGGGGCAGAGCCCGCAGGUCACCAGAGAGGAGGCGUUUUUUCACUCGGGCUGCCCUCGAGGUCCCGCUGCUGAGGAGGAGCCGGGAUGCUGCGGACACUCCGGGAUGGCUGUGGCUGGGGGAGAUUCCCAGAGGGAUGGAGGCCCGAGGGACCACAAGCAGCCGAGUCCUCGUGCCACCGGUCCCAAGGGUGGCAGAGCCAGCCCAGCCUACGGGACCCCGGCGGGGCUCCCCUUGCCCAGGAGAUGUGCCAGCCCCGGCAGGGACACCCAAAGAACAGACGUUCUGGAGAGUGAAGAGGCAGAGAAGAGAGAGAAGAGGCUCCUGGGGGUGGGUUAUCGGAGGAGCAGCUCCAGCCUGGAGCUCCCCGCUGUGACAGGCAGGAAGAACUUGUUGCAGAGGAUCCUCAGGAGGCACCUUGUCCAGCCUCGGCAGCUCAAACCUGGGGAUUUCCCUCUCCACUGACCUUGCAAAGGGAAGCAGAGGUUCCCUAAAGACCUGGGGAGGAGAGACUUUGGUCAGUGCCUCAGCCUGCAGGGCAGCCAGGCUUGGACCUGAGGGCCGGGGUGUCACCUCACCUGGAGGGGAAGCCUUGAUGUGACAUUGCCCUUGGCUGGGGAGGGACAUCUGAGGGGCAGGAGGGGCAGCAGUGCUGGGGAGCAGAGGGGCUGAGGGUUUGUGACUGUUCAGAGGCUGAAUAAAAGUGAGAACGUUUCAUCCAA